UACCUAUAACAUGUUGACAGUAUUCUGAAAUAACACUGACAUGUUAUCCUGAUUGUAAAUGUAAUAUCCUGUGCAUUACAUUUUUAAGAAGACUUACGAGUUAAGAAUAGUCAUGCAUAAAUGAUCUUGGGAAAAAGUUAAAGGUUUUAUAAAGCCGGAUGCGCUACUACCAGUUGGCUUUGUUCCUAGACUUUUUAAGGCAUGAAACAUAAUAGGCUGUGAGGCGGUUUAGGAUCUGCCAUGUCAGACACUUCAGUCAGUUUGGGGAUGUGUCGUUAGUGUAGAAGGUGAUGUGAUAUUGAAAACAUAAAGUCUUCAAAAUAAUAAGCAUUUUCAGAAGAUCAUGCCUUGUGACGAUGCCAAUGUGAAAGCACUUUGGUGCUGGACAUGGUUUAUACGAUCUUGACACAAAGAGGAAAGUUACAAUAUGUGCUUUUAUAAACUGUAGGUCCAACCACAAAACUGACUAAGAAGGAAGGGCUAUUAAGCCGGAUUUAAGUGUACCAACUUGGGACUGUGAUGACCCAGCCCAAACUAAGGGUGAUACAAAGAGACAUUUAUAAAACAUAUUUUCAGCACUCAGAACAUUUCUUUAGUCUUUUCCUUUUACAAAUUUAUCAAUUGGUAAUAACAACCUAUUGAUGCAGCACAGCAGUAGUUUUAAUAUUUCUAAAAUUGUUGGAGUAGGAAAAAAAGGAAUACUGAUUAAGACUCGGAUGAAGCCAUAAGCAUAUCUUUGUUUCCAUAUUGGCAACCAGACCUAGGCAAAGCAGGUCUACACAAUCAUUAUAUCAUGGUUCAUAACCACAAUAUAUUUCCCACAAAUAUACUGGUGUGCUCUUUGAGAAAAUUUGCUUGAACAUGUCAUGAAACCAACUUUGGCCCCAGAAAGAAAUGGUAUAAUUUUGUAACAAAAAUUGCCAAAAGUUCAUUGUUAUCUAGAUAAGGACACGUACCCGGCCACGUCAUAUGAGUAUCUUUAAUUCAUAAAAUAAUCCGAAUAAACUACAUAUCUAACCAUAUGCCUUUUGAGCAGUUUCGAAUUCAUAAAAUAAUCCCACUAUGCUAAGUCAGUUAAUCCUCUUAUAUUUUACAUCCUAGGUCUCUUUAUCUAGCUUAUGUAUGCUCUUAAUUUGGUACUUGAAUCAAGUGACUAUACAAAAAUUAUGUUGAAAUACACAAUACUAGUGAUAGUAUAACCUAGAGCUGGUUCAUGUUUAACUGAUUUACAGUGUACCAUCUCAUAGAGUCCCUGUGAAUGUUGAAUAAAGUUUGUAAACAGUGUCUCAUAUAUAAACAGCCAACUAAGAAUCACAAGUAAGUCAAAAAGGGCAAAAAACCCACUCAUGUAUUCUCUUAGCAUGUAAAAACAUUUAAGUGGGAAACUGACUGGGUUGACUGUGCUAGUGUGCUGUACUGUCUAACUAUAUAUACAAAUAAAUUGUUUUGCAACAAUCUGUAAUUUGUUAGCACUUAAAUGGUUCUAUAUCCACUUAAUUCAGGUAAUAGUUGCCAAAACCCAGAAAAGUUGGUGAAAGGUAGUGUGUGCCGUACCAACAUGGCACAGCAGGUACUUGGACAAACUUGGGUAUUUUUGGAUCAAAACGGAUGCAAGCUACUUUCUUUUACUUGAUUUAGCUUGUUCCUAACUUAGUUUUCAUUCUGUUUUUGAGAGUUAUUGGUCUAUGUGUGAUGUUUUUAUUUAUAUUACUUGUUUAUGUAAAUGUUGCUUUUAUUUGAAUUUUUUUUGGCAUCAUGUAUAUAGCCUGCCAUGCUCCCAUACCCACAUUUUCUAAAGUUUCCUUUGUGUACCUUCAACUGCAUACCCAUACCCCAACCCGUACCUGCACCCAUGUGACUUAGUGACAGAAAGCAAUAUGUGAAAUCAUUUAGGAAUUGGCGUAAGGCUUCCACAAAUAUAAGAAUUGGGAUUUCUGAGAAAGAAAAUAUUUUUUAGAGGACCAUAACUUAGAAUGUAAAUAAGUUGGGUUAGUUUCUUCAAUUUGGUGAAUUAGUUCUUUUAGACAUCUAGUCAGAUAUUGAGAAAAGAGGAUUUGUGUAGGUUUAGAUUAUAACUAUAGAUGUCGUUGUGGAUAUCAUUAUCACCAUAUAUGAGGUUACAUUCUAUUCCUUUUGGUAUGUUACACAUGAUAGUAGCAAGGUCAGGCAUAUAUCUCGUCUCCAUUUUUUAUUUUGUGUUGUAUAAUAGUCUGUUUCUAACAUUUCAUCAAAAUUUUAAACUUGUAUUUCCUUAACAUAUCCAUAUCUAUAAAUCGCACUUUUGGAGUGUCAACAAUUUGUUUCCUCUUUGCCAAAUGUUUAAGUGUCACUGUGUUGGUUAUACAUUGCCAUGUUUCUUUCAUGUGAUAACAAGGUCUUCUUUGUGAUUGUAUUUCUUCUUGCUGUUGAAUCCUCAUGAACAAGUAUUUUCAUCUUUUACUUCUAACUGGUAAGUGGGGAGUGUAGAUUGAUCUUUGAUCUUCUUCUUUUCUUUUUUUUCCCUGUAAGCUUAACAUUGGCAAUUUGUUCAACUUACUGCUAGAUUGUUUCUUGACUUCUUGUUACAUGAACAAGAAAAAGGAGGGUUUGGUUUUAUUGGUGCUUGCUGUCGCAGUGGAAGAAGCUGCACCCUUUUUUAUGUGGGAAAGGUUCUCUUCCAUAAACUGCCUGAAAAAACUGGUGUGUACUAGUUAGUGCUUCAACCUGUGAGGUUUCUCAGGAUAUGUCAGUAAAUUCAAGAACCCUUGCUUUAGGAAAGGGAAACAUCGAACAUGCAACCAGAGUUCACUGGGACACGAAGGGUCAAGAGAAAUGGAGAUGGAGUUGACACUUCAAGGGAUAAAAUUUAUUGUACGAGAAUGUCUCCAGGUCUAGAUGCGUGGAGGCGUGAAGUUGGCAAUAGUUCUGCAAUAACUGGCUGCACUUCAUUGUGUAGAGAGUGCAUGGUGAGGAAUGAAUCCCAAGGCAUUGUCCCUCCAUUCCGUAGUUAUCAUCGAAGGGAUCUUUACAUGAGAACUGUUACUGCCAGACAUGCCAGUAAUGACCCAAUGGAAAGAAGAUCUUCAGGAUGCUUUGGUUGUAAAGUAUAUACCAAUCUACAUGGAAGACAACCUGAGGGAAGAUCACCUGAGGAUGACAAUCUUAAGAGGAAACUUGCAGACGCGGAAAAACGUUCUGCUUCUUUCUGCCAUGAUUUUACUGUUGGCAAGUUCACUAAUUUUUCAGGUUGUAUGUACGUCCCUUUUGGUGAUAUAUAUGAUGGACAUGAUGAUUUUCCUCAUAAGGAACAACUGCUAGAAAGAAACAGUUUGGACAAGGAACAUCAUAUGCUACAGGAUUCCUUUAUUCAACUACAUGCCGGUGCUACAUUGUUGUGUGCAUGUACUUCUAAUAUGCAUGCUGGUGAUGCCAACAUAUGGAAUCAAGCGGCCCUUUCUAGUGAUGCUUCUGCAUUUUGUUGUCCUCAGAAGGGCUAUAGCACUAACCAGCCAUCAUGUUGUCGAGGUCCUUCUGAUCCUCGCCUUAAGCUUGCAUUGGCCCAGAAGGAACCUCAGAAUUACACUUCACCCAAGAGAGAUAAUAGUGCUUCCUCAUUCAAUCAUGUAAUACCUGCAUCAUUUCAAACAAAAACCAUUGUGAUGAAUGCACCAAAUCUUGUAUCCGGUGAUCAAUCUGUUAAGCUGUCAACUUUACUGGAUAAGACAUUUGAAGCUUCUAAGCAAAAUAUACACCUCCAGAAUUUAUUGAAUUCUGCCAGUCUGGCAGCUUCCCAAUUAUUUUGCUGGACUCGAGGUCAAGGGACACAAAAGAUCUCAAGAACAUGGUGGAACAGGAAAAGAAGCUCAGAAAUCAUCAAACCGUUAGGGUGAUAGUGCAUGAGGAGAAGCAAGGUAAAGACCCAACGGUAAUGAUGUUCAAGGUUGCACUAGCAGAAAUGAUGGUGGGACCGCUGAAGCCUACAUGGGAGGAAGGUCACAUGAGCAGGGAAGAGCACAAGGGUCUAGCAAAGAGAAUAGAUGAUAAGGUGAUGAGGGCCUUGCAGAGAACUUGUAUUCCUACCACUGAAAAACGAAUUGAACAAUACCUUGCAGUUUCAAAGCCAAAAAUUGCUAAACUUAUAGAGGAGUAUGUUAAACACCAGAGGCUUGCAAAUCACAUGAACAUCAUGGGCAGGAGAUGGAUUUAAUGUCAGACGAAAUAUGAUAAGGCUUUUUGCCCCCCUGCAAGACUGAAGGCAACGAGUUCCUAUAUAAUAUUGUUGAACAUUUGGCUUUCCUACCUUCAAAAGCAGUGCUGUUGCAUACAUCUUAUAUUACUGUUUGACAUUUAGAUUUGCGUAGCCUACAAAACCUAUUAUUUCAGAUGUAUGAUAAUUUGGAUCCUAUUCUUGCUUUUUUUUGUU